AUGGGCAGAAGCGACAGCGACAGCGAAGACUACGAAGUUGAGCAGCCCUCGCUGCCCGACGAUGACCCCAUGCGGGCGUACAUUCCCGCCACGUUUGGCAAGACAACGCGAGAGGCGAACAUCGAAGCCCAGAUCGAGCGGACGCGACGGAAAGUCGAGCCCAAAAAGCCUGAGCAAAAAAAGCCAUUGAUGGUCACCUCCAAGAUGGAUAGCGAAGACGAGAGUGAGAGCGACAGCGACAGCGACUCUGACGAUUCUGAGUCUGAAGACGAAGCCGAAAAGUUCCCCGUCACCCACGAAAUUGUCCUGAAGACACAUGAGCGGGCGAUUACCACCAUCGCGCUUGAUCCAGCCGGUUCGCGCAUGCUUACGGGCUCGCUGGAUGGCACUAUCAGGUUCCAUGACUUUACCUCCAUGACGCCGACGACGUUGAGGGCAUUCAAGAGCAUCGACCCAUGGGAGACGAAGAAGUCCGUUAACAACGAUUCGCACCCGAUCCAGCACCUCGAGUUCAGCCGACACUCGGGCGGCCUUUUCAUGUGCGUAACUGCGCACCCACAGCUGAAGAUCAUGGACCGAGAUGGCGCCGUUGUGACGGAGUUCGUCAAGGGCGACAUGUAUUUGCGCGACAUGCACAACACUAAGGGCCAUGUGGGCGAGAUCAACAACGGUACAUGGCAUCCCUUAGAUCAAAAUAUUUGCAUCACGGCUGGGUCAGAUAGCACAGUACGGAUAUGGGAUAUCAACAACAAGCGGUGUCAAAAGGAAAUCAUCGUCUUCAAGUCCAAGGCUGCUGGCGCGGCGGGGAGGACAAGAAUGACAGCAGUCGCUUGGGGCUCCCCUCCCGAGGGGAACAGCUCACUCAUCGUCGCGGCCGCUCUUGACGGGUCACUGGUGAUGUACCCCGGCAAUGGGCCGUUCACAAGACCAGCCGGCGAGGUUAAGGACGCACACCAGCCCGAUACCUGGACCGGUGGUAUCGAUAUCAGCCCUGACGGCCGGAUGGUCGUCACCCGCGGCGGCGACGGCCUAAUCAAGCUCUGGGACACGCGCAAGUUCAAGGCGCCCCUAAUUAAAGUUGAGCACGCCUCAACUUCAGACCGCUAUCCCAUGACCAACAUCAAAUAUGCCCCCGACGCCCGCUACAUCAUCACCGGCUCCGUCAACGGCGAGCUGCACAUCCUGAACCCAGCAAACCUCCGCCCCGAACAUGUUACCCCCAUCACCCCAGGAGUCCCCCUCAUCACUGUCGAAUGGCACCCCAAGAUCAACCAGAUCAUCACUGGCUCCGCCAACGCCGAAACCCACGUCCUCUAUAACCCCAAACUCUCCCAUCGCGGCGCGCUCGAAGUGAUGUCCCGCGCGCCCAAGAAGCGUCACAUCGACGAUGACCCGGCCUUCACAAUGGACCAGAGCAGUUUGGGCUUCUCAGGCGACGCGAUCGUUGCUCCGGGCGCACUGGGUCGUCGCGGCGGCGUGUCGGCAUCAGGCAAGUCGCGCGAUCCAAGGAGGCCGCAGGUUCAGCAGAUCACGCCGUUUAUGAGGAGCCAGCCGGAUGAGAAGCAUAUCGAGCAGAAUAUUCCGCUAAGCAAGAUGCUGCAUGAGGAUCCACGCGAGGCGCUGUUGAAGUAUGCGGAGGUGGCGAAGAAGGAGCCGUUGUUUACGAAUGCAUGGGCAAAGACGCAGCCGGUGACACAAUAUGCCGAGUUGAGUGAUGAUGAGGAGGAGGGGCCGGAGAAGAAGAAGGUUAAGAGACGCGCUGCUGCUGCGAUGAUGGGGCAGCCCACGAACUGCAUCUUGCGAUUGGCCGGCACAGCUGAGCCGCUGCCUAGUGCUUGCAUGAACGCUGCUUCCGGGGUUUCGCCGCACCAGCAGGAGGGCGCAGACAGGCCCCGCGACAGGGUGAGCGCGCGCAUCAAAAAAAUCACCAAUCUCCCUCCGCGACGCAUCAACGCCAUCUCCAAACAGCCGGCCUCGGACGGAGCCAUCAAUUCCCAGCCGCAUCCUCCGGCCACAACCCUCGAAACCCCGCUGUGCCUGCACGACUUUCUCUAUUUUGACCACGCCAAAACUCGCACUCUUCUGUUUUUCUCCCCACCAGGCCUGUGUUCGCCCUUCUUCGCCCCCCGGCGCGCCCAGGCUGGACACCUACAACCUCUUUCUCUCCCCCCUCCCCCCCCAUUGCUGCGUCUGUUCCACCGACGCGACAACCACACCCCGGCCGACCCGGUAGCCCGCGCGCACCACCACAACGUUUUCGCCGGACGUCGCAGUGACCGUCCAUACCGAGCAAUUGCCAUUAAUCGUACGGACGCCGUAGUCGACUCUGCCGUCGCCAUGACUAGCGUCCAGGUGCCGCAGGUGCCGCCUGCGGUCCAGCUCCCAGGCACUGCCAUUCCGGCAAACAUGACCCAGCAGCAAGCGCAAGAAGUCUACAAGCGCUGGCGGCAAAUGAAGGAGUCGGGCGUCCCUCCCACCGAUCCAGAGUUCAUUAAGACGCAAAACAUUUUAUCGGCCCUCCAGCGGCAAAGCGAUAUGCGCAAGCAGAUGCAGAUGCAACAACAGAUGCAAUUACAACAGCAACAACAACAGCAACAACAACAACAACAGCAGCAACAGCAGCAGCAGCAGCAGCAGCAGCAAGUAAUGCAAAAUGGCGCUAACGGUGUCAUUAACGGCACGCAGUUUGGUCGCGUCGCGCAACCAGGUGCUGCACCGGCCUCCAUGCCGCCUGCUACAGGCGCACUCGGCGCGUCUGCGUUGCCUGCUGGUUCUGCUGCUCCUGCCCAGAACGCGGCGGGUGCCUCUGCGCUGCCCCCUCAGCUGCAGGGCCACCCUCACUUCACGCAGGCUCAGCUGAAUCUGCUCAUGAACCAAAUUAAGGCUUUCAGGAUGCUGGGCAAGAAUGCUGGCGUCCCCAUUCAGAUGCAAAAGGCCAUCUUCGAGCACCGUGCUCGUCGGCGCCAGUCCCUCGGCAAGCAGGAGCCGCAACCUGCUGCUACUUCUGUUACACCUACGACAUCGGCCGAAACACCAGCUCCAGACGCCUCGAAGCCCGCUGUUAACGGCCCCGAGGCUAUCAAGGCCGCUGCUCCUGCGACCACAACCGCGAGUUUGAGCGACCCGCAAUCCAAGACAUUCAAGACGGUCAAGUCGCCGUUUGACGCCGGUUUCGUUCGCAAGACUAUCUCCUACAUCGACCAUAGCCGCCGCAAGAAUCGCCAGCUUGUCCCUGGCCUCUUCCCUACCGGUAUCGACUUUGAGCAACUGAGGGCUGAUCGGGAGAAAAUCAUCUUUAACCGCAUGAGCCAGAGAUAUCAGGAGCUCAAGUCGCUGCCCGGCAAUCUUGCCCACUGGGAUGCCUCAAAGGACGAGCUAGUUGCCGAUGACACGGCGAAGCGAAAGGCCAUCAUCGAGAUGAAGAAGCUCGCCCUCUACUCCAAGCAGCGUGCUCUGCGCGAGAAGAUCGGUCGGCAGAUGAUGCACUACGACAACCUGGCUAUGACCACGAACCGUGCUCAAUACCGCCGCAUGAAGAAGCACAACGUCAGGGAAGCCCGCAUCACCGAGAAACUUGAGAAGCAGCAGCGCGAUGCCCGCGAGAAUCGGGAGCGCAAGAAGCACAUCGAUUUCUUGCAGGCCAUCCAGAACCAUCGCAAUGAGGUACUCAAUGCCGGCGCGGCUCAGCGUCUCAAAAUGUCCAAGCUUAGCCGCCACAUGUACAACCAUCACUUCAACAUUGAGAAGGAGGAGCAGAAGAGGAUCGAGAGGACGGCCAAACAGCGUCUGCAGGCGCUUAAGGCCAACGAUGAAGAGGCCUACCUCAAGCUUCUCGACCAGGCCAAAGAUACCCGCAUCACCCACUUGCUCAAGCAGACCGAUGGCUUCCUUAAGCAGCUCGCUGCCUCCGUUCGUGAACAGCAACGGCAGGCCGCUGAAAAGUACGGAGAGCCGAUGGACAUCCCGUCCAGCGAAGACGAGGACGAAGAUGACGAGAAUGGCCGCAGCAAGAUCGACUACUAUGCGGUUGCUCACCGCAUCAAGGAGGAGGUCACCGAACAGGCCAGCAUUCUGGUUGGCGGUACUCUUAAGGAGUACCAGCUCAAGGGUCUUCAGUGGAUGCUUUCGCUCUACAAUAACAACCUCAAUGGCAUUCUGGCCGACGAAAUGGGUCUCGGCAAGACUAUCCAGACCAUUAGCUUAAUUACCUACUUGAUCGAGAAGAAGAAGCAGAACGGCCCCUACCUGGUCAUCGUGCCUCUCUCUACGCUUACCAACUGGAACCUGGAGUUCGAAAAGUGGGCGCCGUCGGUCACCAAGGUCGUCUACAAGGGCCCGCCGAACGCCAGAAAGAUGCAGCAGGAGAAGAUCCGGCAGGGCAAGUUCCAGGUCUUGCUAACUACCUACGAAUACAUCAUCAAGGACAGGCCGCUGCUGAGCAAGAUCAAGUGGUUCCAUAUGAUUAUCGACGAAGGCCAUCGUAUGAAGAACACCAACUCCAAGCUCAGCGCCACCAUCCAGCAAUAUUACACGACCCGCUUCCGUCUCAUUCUCACUGGUACCCCCUUGCAGAACAACCUUGCUGAGCUGUGGGCCAUGCUCAACUUCGUCCUGCCCAACAUCUUCAAGUCGGCCAAGACCUUCGACGAGUGGUUCAACACGCCGUUUGCCAACACGGGCGGUCAGGAUAAGAUGGAGCUUACGGAAGAAGAGCAAAUUCUCGUUAUCCGCCGCCUGCAUAAGGUGCUGCGGCCGUUCUUGCUGCGCCGUCUCAAGAAGGAUGUUGAGAAGGAUCUCCCCGACAAGACCGAGAAGGUCAUCAAGUGCAAGUUCUCGGCUCUGCAGGCUCGUCUGUACAAGCAGAUGGUUACGCACCAGAAGAUCAUUGUCAGCGACGGCAAGGGCGGCAAAACCGGCGCUCGUGGUCUGAGCAACAUGAUCAUGCAGCUCCGCAAGCUGUGCAACCAUCCGUUCGUCUUCGACGAGGUCGAGAACCAGAUGAACCCUCAGAACAUCAGCAACGACCUGCUCUGGCGUACGGCUGGCAAGUUCGAGCUGCUCGACCGCAUUCUGCCCAAGUACAAGGCUACUGGCCACCGCGUCCUGAUGUUCUUCCAGAUGACUGCUAUUAUGGACAUCAUGGAGGAUUAUCUGCGCUACCGUGGUUUGCACUACCUCCGUCUCGACGGUACCACCAAGUCCGAGGACCGUUCCGAGCUGCUCAAGCUCUUCAACGCACCCGACUCGCCCUAUUUCAUGUUCUUGCUUUCUACCCGUGCUGGUGGUCUGGGUCUCAACCUGCAGACUGCCGAUACCGUCAUCAUCUACGACUCUGACUGGAACCCGCACCAGGAUUUGCAGGCUCAGGAUCGUGCCCACCGUAUCGGUCAGAAGAACGAAGUGCGCAUUCUCCGUCUUAUCACGUCCAACUCGGUCGAAGAGAAGAUCCUCGAGCGUGCUCGUUUCAAGCUGGACAUGGACGGCAAGGUCAUCCAGGCCGGUCGCUUCGACAACAAGUCGUCUGAAACCGACCGUGAUGCUAUGCUCAGAACGCUGCUGGAGACGGCCGACUUGGCUGAAUCUGGCGAGCAAGAAGAGAUGGAUGACGAAGAGCUCAACAUGGUCCUGGCCCGCAACGAGGAGGAGCUCGCCAUCUUCCAGAAGAUCGACGAGGAGCGCAACCGCGAUCCUAUCUACGGCACUGCCCCCGGCUGCAAGGGCGUGCCGCGUCUCAUGACCGAAGAUGAGCUGCCGGAGAUCUACCUGCACGAGGGCAACCCGGCCGAAGAAGAGAACGAGGUCCACCUGGGUCGCGGUGCCCGCGAGCGCAAGCAGAUCCGGUACGACGACGGUCUCACCGAAGAGCAGUGGCUCAUGGCGGUUGACGACGACGAGGACACGCCCGAGGCUGCUGCCGCUCGUAAGCAGGCCCGUCGUGAGAAGCGAGAGCAGAAUAAGCUCAAACGCCUCGCCAUGCUCAACGCCUCCAUGGAAAACUCGCCGUCCGCUAGCCGCGCGAGCACCGAGGAUGUGGAGACGCCCAAGAAGCGGGGGCGCAAGCCUGGUAGCAAGAACCAGGAGAAGCGUAAGGCUGAGGAUGGGGAUGAUGAGCCGCCGGCCAAGAAGCGUCGUGGACCACAGGGACGGCCCAAGGCGGUUGGUACUAGUAGUGGUGGUAGCGCGCUUGCGCCUGAGUUGCGCGAUAAGCUGCAGAAGGCGUGCAGGAGAAUCUUUGAUGGGUUGAUGAACCUUGCGGUGGAUGAUGACGAGCCGCCGGAGAAACCGGAGGGAGAGAACGAUGAUGAGAGUGAAGAUGAGGGCCCGCCGAAGAGGCUGAUCAUUGGUCCGUUCGUCAAGCUGCCGCCCAAGCGCGAGUGGCAGGAUUAUUAUGUCAUCAUCCAGAACCCGAUCUGCAUGAACGAUAUCCAGAAGAAGAUUAAGCGGGAGGAGUACAACAGCCUGGGCGACAUGCGUAAGGAUCUGGAUCUUCUUGUGACGAAUUGUCGCACGUUCAACGAGGAGACGAGUGGCAUUUGCCAGGAUGCGAAUACGAUAGAGGCGUAUUUCAAAGAGCACUUUGCCAAGGAGCUCGCCGAGGACCCAGACCUUCGCGCUCUCGAGGAUCCCAACUCGCCCAACUUGGUUGGUCUUAACGUCGACGGUGUCAAUUCCUCUGCAUCUUCCUCUUCGGCAGAAGCUUCUGGCCCCGCUACAACAGGCGAGUCGUCAGCCGCGCAGUCUAGCCAGCCAGCGUCGUCCACGACUUCGACUACCCCUGCCCCCGCUCCUGCACCGGCGGCGCCGACUGGUCCGCCGAGGAUCAAGCUUGUGUCGUCAGCGAAUAAAGAGAAUAAAGGGGAUACUAAUGCCAGUGCAAAUGGGAGUGCUGCGCAGACAAAUGGGGGUGUGAAUGGGGUGGCGAAUGGGAAUAGUGAGGCUUGA